AUGUCUCGGGAAACGAACUCCAUGGAGUCAAACGGUAGCAAUAAUUCAUCCUCACCCAGUAAUGGGAAUAACACAACAACUAAUAACACGAAUCUAACUACCACAGCCAUAAAUACAAACAGUAACAGUAGUGUGACCACCAGCGCCAUCUGUGGUGGCGUAACGAUCGGAUCAGGUUCUGGUCAACCUGGUGCGCCACACCCUUUACCACCACCUCCUCCAGCUAUUCUACCUCACCAUCAUCAUCAUCAUACUGGACUGCCUAGUCCGACGGCGGUCAGCAGUACAGGGGUACCCCUGUCAUCGUCCACGUCGUCUGAGUCUCCGUCCUCGGCAGGGUCGGUGGCCACGGCCGCGGUGGCCACCGUUGGAGCCGUGUCUCUUUCCUCGUCUUCAUCGUCUCCGAACUUGAACACGGGUGCUACACCGGCGCCACCUUUUCACUUGCUUCCAGUCACUUCUUCCCUGGACUUUACUCGUCGUUUCUCAGCCUUCACCAGUGUCCAGUAUCGGAAUACAGCCGCUAGUUCGGCUGUCGCAGUGGACAUGGCAGCGGCCAGUAAACCAAUGGCUUUCAGUUCGUUGCAAACGACGCCGCUUGCCGAGACAAGGGGUGAACUAGCCCUACCGGUAGGAUUCUACGGAUCAGCGCCCUCGAUCUACCCAGAAUUUCCAAACCUCAAUUUGGGAGGAACAUUGCCUGCAUUAUGUAAGUAA